AUGGCUGCUAAGAAAAUGCAACAGGACAUCUUCAAGGCACUCCUUCUAUUCAUUCUGGUUUCGGUUGGUGAGUCGGUUUGGUUAGACGUGCCGACCUCGGGAACAAAGUGUGUGUCUGAAGAAAUACAGAGUAAUGUUGUCGUCUUGGCCGAUUACAUCAUCAUCUCUGAGGAUGAUUCUUUACUACCCACUAUAUCCGUCAAGGUGACGUCCCCGUUCGGCAAAAAACUGCACCACAUGGAAAACGUUACAGUUGGGGAAUUUGCAUUUACAUCGCAAGAAUCAGGGAACUACAUGGCCUGCUUUACGGCAGAUGCAAAGAGUCACGGAAACACAAACGUUAGCAUAAGCGUUGAGUGGAAAACUGGAAUCGCUGCUAAGGAUUGGAAAAAUAUUGCUAAGAGAGAGAAGAUCGAGGCAAGCUUUCAAAGACAUUUUUUGAAACUCGAGGCCGCAGUGGAAGCCAUCCAUGAAAAUCUAGUCUACAUAAGAAAUAAAGAAGCAGAUAUGAGAACAGUGAGUGAGAAAACGAAUGCGAGAGUGGCUUGGUACAGUACAAUGUCGAUGGGUAUUUGCAUUGCUGUCUCUGGUGUACAAGUAGUCUACUUGAAGCAAUACUUUCAGAAGAAGAAGCUUAUCUAA